UCUAUAUAAAAGAUGGGUCUUUCUCCUCUUGGAGUACCUUUUACUGCACACAGCUGAUCUGGUUCAAGCGGACGGCUGAUCAUGAAGCAGCUCUUGGUGUUCCUGUGCGGGUGCUUGGCUCUGGCUACAAGUUUUGCAGCUCCAGCCCACCAUGAUGUUAUGAUGGCAGAUCAUCCACACGUUCAAGAAGAUUCCCAUCACCAUGCCAAGUUCGACCGCUGCAAGGGCAUUGAGUUUGAUGCCAUUGCCCCUGACGAGAAAGGAAACACAUUCUUUUUCAAAGGUGACCAUUUGUGGAAAGGUUUUUCUGGUCCCGCUGAGCUUGCAAAUGGUACAUUCAAGGAACUAGAUGAAUAUCAUCAUCUGGGUCACGUGGACGCAGCCUUCCGCAUGCACAAUAAAGACGGCGAUCCUCUAAAAGACCACGACCACAUCUUUUUCUUUUUGGGUGACAAAGUCUUUAGCUACUACAACCACAGUCUGGAGAAAGGUUACCCACUGGAGAUCCAGCAGGUGUUUCCAGGAAUACCAUGUCAUUUAGAUGCAGCAGUGGAGUGCCCUAAAGGAGAAUGCAUCACAGACUCAGUUCUGUUCUUCAAGGGACAUGAGGUGUACAGCUUUGACAUCAAGACCAAGACAGUGAAGAAGAAGUUGUGGAAUCACUUGCCAAAUUGCACCUCUGCAUUUCGCUGGCUUGAACAUUACUACUGUUUCCAUGGCCACAACUUCACCAGGUUCAAUCCUGUGUCUGGAGAAGUGGAAGGGAAUUAUCCCAAGGAUGCUAGACGUUACUUCAUGAGAUGCCAGGAUUUUGGUCAUGGGGCUGAACACAGAAAGCCACGGUGUAAACUUGAUGCCAUGAGCAUGGAUGACACCGGCAAAACAUAUGCAUUUAUAGAGAGCAUGUACAUUAGGUUAGAUUCGCACCGUGAUGGAAGUCACCCCUUCCCCAUCACAAGAUCAUGGAAGGAAGUCUCAGGACGGGUAGAUGCCGUCUUCAAUCAUGGUGACAGGAUUUACAUUAUUCAGGGCAAUCAGAUCUAUAUCUACAAAUCAGCAACACCUUACACUCUAAUAGAGGGCUAUCCUAAACCCCUGAAAGAUGAGCUGGGCAUCGAGGGACCCGUGAAUGCUGCAUUUCUCUGUGCAAACGAACAUGUUGUCCACAUUAUAAAAGGUCAAAAAAUGUUGGAUAUUGAUCUGGCUGCUACUCCAAGAGCUGCUAAGAGUGAGUUCCCACUCUCCAUUGCUGAUAUCGAUGCUGCCAUAUGUGAUGCUGAAGGCGUGAAGGUGUAUGUUGGUGCAAAAUACUACCUUUACCAGAGCCCCAGAAUUCUGGCUAUGGGCAAGAUUAUGCCAGUAGCUCAUAAGAUUUCACCUGAGAAGUUUGGAUGUGAAGAAUAACAAUCAUGCUGUCAUGCUGACAUGAAGUGUAGUUCUUUCUACAUUUAACAUUACUAUGCAUGGUAACAAAAUUAAAAUAAACAAUAUUGUUUGUAA